UUGGCAACAGAACGCUAAACCGGGAACAUGGCGACGCAGGAGGAGAACGUGUCCGAGAGGCAGGAUGAAGUCCCUGCAGAUCAGCUGGAGAAUUUUUCAAUAGGAGAGUUCCUGUCUCCUUCACAAAUAAAUGCUCUUAUGGAGGUUGAAGAUGUGGAUGAAAUACAAAGGCUAAUGGAAGGGUGUCUUAAUGUUGAAGACCCUGAGAUGAAUUUGAAAGAAGCCGUCUUGGUAGAUUAUUAUGUGUCUGGACUCUGCUGGGGAAAAGACAGAAACUUUAACUUACAGCAGUUGAGCGGUUUAAUGGGACUAUUACAUUUACUAAUGGAAAAUCUUCAAGAUAGAAGGUUGUCACUUGAAGAGAACAUAUUACAGCUAACAAGAGCCUUGACAGGCAUAGGGGAUAGUAUGCUUAAGGAUAAAGGAAAAUUAACAGUUUUGAAUGUCGACCAAGCUAAAGAUAUUAUCAGCUACUUUAAAAUCAGUUUAUUUCAGCAUUAUAGGCUUUAUGAAUGCAUGUUCACUGUCCCAAGGGAUCAAAUUGUUGUAGGUGCAGAGCAAAUAAUAGAGAUUGCUAAACCAGCACAAGCACCUUUCCCAGUACCACUUGAAGAAGGGAUACCCUGUGAAAUAUAUUCCAAAUUCCUAUCACCACCAGUUCCUAAAGAAGACACAGAACCAGUUGAGGUCGAGAUAAAUGAACAGUUAAGGGUUCAGGAAGAGGCCUUCACUUCAAAAAUAGAAAACCUGCAAAAGCCAUGACAUUCUCAGCAAGCUGGUUGGAACUUCAAAAAUCACAGUAUCACAAAAUGGAAAAAAAAGUUAAUUGUUUUCUAUGCAACCUACCCUCAAGCACGUGAAGUUGUUUUCAACGGCAUUAUUAUAAUUUUU